CAACUGUUGUUAUCACGUAAGCUGGGAAGCGCCAUAUAAGCAAGUAUAAAUGGAUGUACUUAUAUGUAUAUAUGUAGAAGCGUAAAUGAAGCGAAAAACGGCAGAUUAAAAGAGACUUGGUCAACUGCAUGCACGAGCGAAACAUCGCUUGUCGAGAAGAGCUUCUAAAUUAAAGAGAGAUGAUAGCUGUAGUGGCACCAGAGCAAGCGACAACUUACUAGUCUCGAGCAAAAUACUAGUCAAAUAGCAACGUAUCAGCAGUGCGCUUUGUGGGCUUCUGAAAAUAGAAUAGAAACAGUUAAAUAAAUUUACAUACAUAUGAAAAUUUAAAAUUUUUAUGUGUGUAUAAAAAAUUUGGGAUUUUUGUAAACUUAUUUAAUAUAAAAUUACGUGAGAUCUCGUGAAGGAUCGACUUUUCGUACUUACUUUAUAAAUUUGAACUUGACAGUGAAUGAUGGGAAUCCGGUUGAAUAUUUACUUAUUUUUGGUGACAACACUUUUGCUCCAUUUCGCUACAGCUGCGACAAGCAGUGGCUCCUGUCUUACGCCAAAUGCCAUGUCGGGCUCAUGCAUUAACUUGGAAGAAUGCCGCUUCCUCUACGAAUUGUUACUAGAUCCAAAUCUUUCGGGAAACGAUCGUAGAUAUUUGCGUAGUAGUCAAUGUGGUUAUAAAAAUGGCAAAGUAAUGAUAUGUUGUCCACCAAAUUAUUUGAAAUUAAGCGCUACUACCACUCCACCUCCAGCACAUGAAGCCCCAGCCGUCAUAUUUCCAGAAUCGAUUGCUUUAAAUCCACCACCAACCACCACCUCCUCCAGCGUCAAUAACAAUACCAAUAAAUCUGAUUUACUACCAAAUUUUCCGCAAUGUGGUAAUACGAUUGAGAAUCGUAUUUAUGGUGGAACUGAGACGGCGAUAGAUGAAUUUCCGUGGCUGGCCUUGUUUGAGUACACAAACCGUAAUGGUGGGAAAGGUUUUUAUUGUGGUGGAGCAUUAAUAAACGAUCGAUAUGUAUUAACAGCGGCGCAUUGUGUUUUUGAGAAAGACCUUCCAUAUGGUUGGCGACUGAGUAGCAUACGUUUAGGCGAAUGGGAUACACGCACAGAUCCUGACUGCGCAGCGGAUGAUUGUGCGCCCAAGUAUAGAAGUAACUAUAUUGAACGGUCCACAAUACAUCCUGGUUAUAGAAAACAUAAUGACCCUAACGACAUUGCUUUGGUGCGUCUCAGAGAAUCAGUUCCAUUCAGUGAUUAUAUCAAGCCAAUUUGUUUACCGAGGGCGUCAAGCCUUCGUAAUGCUACAUUCUUAAAUUACGUAAUGGAUGCGGCCGGUUGGGGUAAAACAGAGAAGACCAAUAAUAAUCCAGUUAAGUUGAAAACCACCAUUAAGAUUAAAGACUUCAAGCAAUGUGUAGACAAAUAUUCCGUUUUAAAUAAUAUACGUUUGGAGAGUACACAAUUGUGUGCGGGUGGUGAUGCGGGCAGCGAUACAUGUAGUGGCGAUUCUGGUGGUCCACUAAUGUUUCAAGAUGUCGUAAAUGGCAAACCGGUUUAUUUUGUGGCGGGUAUAGUAUCGUUUGGACCGAGUCUAUGCGGCGUUCAAGGUUGGCCGGCGAUUUACACAAGAGUUGGCGCUUUUAUCGAUUGGAUUGAGAGCACAAUAGAAGCGUAGGCUAAUUGGUGUAACAAUUUUCAAUGUGCUAUAAAUUAUUAUUGUGCUGCAAGCAAUCUGUGUAUAUUGUUAAUCAAUAGAAAAAAAAAAACAAAAAUAAAACUGUGUUAAUGAUUUAUUAUCCUAAA